CAAGAUUUUUAUGCCAGUCAGUGUGAUAUCCGGCUGUAAGUGGCCGUACGUACAUCGAUCCGUGUAUGUAUGUAACAUCGUCUCUCAUGCACAACGAAUGGUGUCUGUCCACAGACCACCGUGUCAUCAACAUGCGGCGGUGCUGUGCCCUCUCGCCCCCUCACCCACCCACUCACUUGCACUCACGAGCCACGUCACGCGCUUUUUUUCUCUGUCUGUACACUUCGACUUGUAUGUUCAUCAGCCAGCCACAGCCUUCAUCGAUCCACUCGACACGCACACGUCAACAGCCACGCCCCCACCCCCAAUGCCCUCCCCCAUAUCGACGUGCACAGAGGAGGAAGGCGCGGCGAGGGGCAGCUGCAGGUGUCGUGCGAGGGCUGCGAGUGAGUCGACUGAGAGGUCGGCCAGCUCGCGAAACUCUUGAUUCUUGUGGUUCUCUAUCAGACACGUCCAUGCGCCUGCAGCCAAUGGAUGGGGACAGACACCAGUGGAUGGAUGCGGCACAGUUCACGGCUCGCCGUGUGCAUCUCUGUCUGUCUGACCUGCGCCUUUGCCGCACAGCAUGUCGUCCCUAAAGUCGCCAACAAACAUGCAAUCCUCAGGAGAUACGCCCCACUGUAAUGGACAGAAGUAAGCGCAAUCGACGGCUAUGUCAUACGGUGAGUGGGUGGUCUCGUUGUUUGUUUGACCUGGUUGGCAAGGUGGAAACAGACGGCCGGCGAGGGCUUGACGGGCAUCGAGAGGGUCUCACACUCGUCACGAGAGAUGAUGGCAUCGAAGGAAGCCCCGUUGCACUCCAGCAUCGACGCAAAGUGAGCCGCCUGACGCCAUCACAAUGCACACGCAUAUGCACUCACUUCCGAAGGCCUUUGUUCGCCUGUCUGCCUGACCUGACCUGUUUCCUGGAGUUGCGCGUCACAAGUGCAGUCUUCACGUCAGGGCGAGACCGCCGGAGGGCAGCCAGCAACUGGAUGAAUCGAUAUGAUCCACACACACACACACACACACACAGGAGAUCGGUACCUGCCUGUCUUCCUUUCUCUGUGUGUGGGUCACUGACCUCUCUGCAGUAUGGUUGCAGUGCCAGCUCUGCGGCCCCUUCGGCCUCGACCUCAUCCUGAGUGAAGAACGAGUAAGGGAGGAAUGACAUACGACGAUGGACACAAGCGCGCUGUGUUUGCGGCAACAGUGCUCACAAUGAUCUGCAUGGCCCUAGCAUACUCAUCCGGCGAGUCGCCAUACCGCUCCUUCAGCGUACGCUGACACACACGCCAUACAAGCGAGUCCAUCUGUGUGUGCGUGUCGGUGUCGUACUGUUGCGUCUGGAGCUUACGAGGACGUCUUCAUGCGGGGGAAUGCCGAGCCUCUCCUUCAUCUUGGUAAAGUCAAUCUGGUGCGGCAGAGUGAGGGUCCCAUCCAUAUCGAACAGCACACCAGCCAGCUGGAACCACACACAGAAGACACUCGCUCUUCGCUCAUUCAAGUCCGGCAUGCUCACCUUGUUUGGGUCAAAUUGCCUGCCCUGCGCUCCCUCCUGUCGGCUGCUCUCCAUUGCUGCGCUGCUGAAGAGCCGCACUGCCGGUGAGAUGAGGCUCGGAGAUGCGAGAUGGAAAGAUCUGCGAUUGGCACCGAAGGAAUGAGCGCUUCGCAGUACGUGCAGAGGCACACCCAGGCUCUUCAUCAACCCCUCAGAAGGAACGAGUGUCU